GGGGUGAACGGCAAUACAGUGGGUAUUCAGCACUAGCGCCCCGUUUGCACAGCUGGUCCUGCUCGGCUGGAACGCAGAGCCCUCUGUGGGGGAGACCCGGCCUAGAACUACCUAGUCUAGUGGCUGCCCAUACCGGCCCUGUGCCAGCCAAUGAGCUCCACCUCCCCAGUGCCAAGUCUAGGACAUCCUUGGCAAACCCCUAACAGACAGCCCUGGCAAAGAAGGAUGGCCUUGUCUGCCGAAGACAAGUGCAACGUGAAAGAAUUCUGGGGAAAAUUGGGUGAGAACACACACGUCUACGGCACUGAAGCCCUGGUGAGGACCUUCCUCUGUUUCCCUGCGACCAAGACCUACUUCCCCCACUUCGACCACUCCAGAAGCUGCCCCCGGGUCCACGCGCACGGCAAGAAAUUGGCUGCCGCGCUGACUUUGGCAGUCAGCCACCUGGAUGACCUGCCCGAGGCGCUCUCGUCCCUGAGCGAUCUCCAUGCCCACAGACUCAAGGUGGAUCCCACCAACUUCAAAUUCCUGUCUCACUGUUUGCUCGUGACCCUGGCUAGGCACCAUCCCGGCAACUUGAACCCCGAGGUGCACGCGUCUCUGGACAAGUUCCUGAGCUCCGUGUCCUCCGUGUUGACGUCCAAGUACCGUUAGCUGGUAGAAGAGCCCUGGAAGGCGCCAGCUCCUUCCCCCAGCUCUGAAUUAAGUCGGAGUCUGCGGAGAUGCGCUGCAGCUUUGAGGGUGUGGAGGGGUUAGGCGGGGGAAAGGUGAAAACUGCGGCUGCUUCCCCGCUGCUGCCCAGAAAGAUGAGCUGGCUGGGGGCUGCCCCACAUCUCGGGGGAAGUGAGAUGCUGUUGUCAGCCCCUUUCCCAGCCUCAUAAAUAAAGUCCCUAACCCUCUGCCAUCGAC